AUGAACGACCCUGGUCUAGACGAGCCGAUUGCUGGGAAUGCCGAGGAUGUGGAGAAUAUAGAGCGUGAUGAGGAGGAGGCGGAGGAGGAUGAGGAGAGUGAUUAUCUUCAGCCUGCGUAUGUUGAGUAUCUCCUUUUUUGUUCCUUUUCUUCUUGUGGUCUUUUGUUUUUAUAUCAGUGUUUACGGUGUUUUUAUGAAUGUGGUUGAGCGAUGUUUGCAUGAUUCGUACGAAGUCGUACUGUACCAUUCCUUGUUACAGGAUUUCCAUAAGUUUGAAGUAUCGGUGAGGAAGCCCUACAAUAUUUACAUCGCAUUAUUGGGUUUCACUGGACUUCCUGAGCUGUUUUCCAUUACCGAAAUAGUUUUGUGGCAGUCUUUACUUUAUACUCGUCAACUUUAUCUCUACUUGAACCUUCCUCAUAUGAGCCAAACUAAGAAACAAACAGAAUAUGGUGGUUCACAAGCACAGCAUUCCCACUCAUGGCCGGUACAUUCGGACCCAUGGCCUCAGCAUUCUCAAUAUGCUCCUUAGCCGUACACUGGAGAGUAGAAAUCCCACCAGGGAAAACCGAAGCAGAUGGUCUUGAAGUACCAGACCCUUCAUGGCAAGUACCAAGCUGUAUCCAUAACUUUCAAACAUACGACUAA